AUGGAGGAAGACGAUUUCACUCUCCCCGCCGUUUCCUUCGCUGCUCUCAAGCCUCACCUCUUCGUCGAAGCUCCAAAAGCCAACGUCGCAGUUGCGUUCUACAAGAACGUGUUCGGUGCUGGAGAGGUUUCGCGCACUCUGAACCCUAAGCGUAAGGCUGAUCAGGAGAUUCCUCAUGUUCUCUCGGCUGAACUCAAGAUCGCUGGCUCUUUGUUCCUUGUUGUUGAUACCGUUGAUGAUUCCGCUACACCUGUGAAGAGUGGUGGAAACGGUGUCGUUUUUGCUUUGGAGACGGAGGACGUUGAAGGUGCGAUAGCGAAGGCUGUGAAAGGUGGAGCGGUUGUGGACAUUGAAGGUGCGUCUGGUGAGGGGCGUGUGGGGAAGGUAACUGAUCCAUACGGUUACGUUUGGCAGAUUAGCGCUCCUUUGAAGAAGAGAUGCUGGGAUUUAGGGUUAUCCAACCCCUUUGCAUUUGUUAAAGAUGGGCGGAUCCGGGUCCAGCCUGACCCGGUCCGACCCAUUGUUUUUUUUUAG